CUCCGUGCCGUGCGUUACAAUCGGAACUGUGAUGAUGAUUUUCUGCUGGUGCUGCUGAUGCGUUUUUAUCUACCAGCCAGUACCAGCACCAGUACCAGAGUCAGAGAGAGUUUGAUCUCUAAUCCACAACAGAGCUCACCAUGCUCUUGUAUUGUGUGGUGUUGCCAUUUGACAACAAGGACAACCUUCAAUCAGCCUUCGCUGGCUUGCUGGACUGGUCUAAGUCGAAGAUCUUUAAGGUCUGAGUGCUCGGAUAUUUUUAUCGUGAGUUAAAUCCAUUGACAUUACAAACAAACUUUAAAAUUUUAUGCAUCUGCUGCUGUUCUGAAUACCAUACAGCAGUGGAGCCAGUGGAGAUUGUCGCGGAUGUCACCGGCAAAGUUUAAAGUAAAUAUCAAAGGAGUAGGGAGUGACAGAACAUUAUUAUUGAAACCAAUGGCCUUUGUUUUUUUUACUCCUACUCGUGUUCUAUAAUAAUUAUUUUAAUUUGAAAAUUUAAUCAUUUUAAAAAAUAUAUAUGUCCAGGACAGUUGAUAUUUAUAAGAGUUAUUAAAAGAGUACACGAACGCAAGAUUGAAAGUAUGAUAGAGAAGUAAUACGACAUGAGUUUGUGAGAAAAAGAAAGAGAGACUUGAGUAAAGUAGCCUUCUCUUUGAUCCCAGUCAGUCUACAUCGAGCUACCAAGUAUUCAACACUUUAUUUAUUUUCUUCAAAUUUUUUUAUUGAUAACAUAAACAUUUAUUAUUAUUACUCAUAUUUUUUAAAUUUAAAUUCGAGUGUUCAAAAUAAAUCGGUGAUAAAAACUAUAAAUAACUUUCCGUUGAUUGCUAUCAAUUAUAAAGUAAUAAGUUUGUUAAGCAUAAAAAAAACUAAUUAGUGUCAAGUGAAACGUGAAAGUGUAAUAGUAGUCUUGGUAUUUAAAUAUAUAACAAGAUGAAAGCAAUCGAGCAGCAGCAGCCAAACUCAAUCGACUCAAGUGAUUCGGUGACAGGAAGUAGCGAGUACGCUUAUCGUCCUUUGACGACAAAACACCGACGUGCUGGUAGCACCGGAACCACCGGAGACGAAGAGUACACCACUGACGAGGAUGAAUUUUAUGGAGACGAGGCUGAUUGUGCCGGUGCAUCUCUCCACCCUCCCCAUCCGAUUCUCAAAUCGGAUUUAGCCCGCGCUGCUACCGAUUUAUUCGGUUACUCCUCCAAGCCCGAUAACAACGACGAUGACAACGAGCCUACCAGUUUAUUUGACGACGACGAUGGACAUCUCAGUCCAGAUAGUUCAUUUAAAAUGUCGCCUGUAUGCGGCAACAAUAAAAAUUUAAACUCCAACGCUUCUAUUAAUGAAAAAAAAAAUAUUGUAAGGACAUUAGAUGACAUAAAUUCAAAGCAGCUCAAAAACGAGACUGAGUUGAUUGAAUUCCCACGACAUGCAAGGCCUCUAGACUUGAGAAUGGAAAAUAACAAAAUUAUGCCUGGCUCGGAAACUCCAGAAACUAAAACUCAAGGACAUGUGGAAGAGUGUGUAAGUAACGUCGAUUUGAUGAGUUCGGUCGAUGAUCCUCCGUCUCCGACGACUUUGCAGUGGGAGAAAGCUGUCGCAGAAGUAAAAGAACACGCAAUUACUAAAUUACAAGAGGAACUUAAGAGGGCACAUGAAGAACUGAAGCUUAAAGAUGAAGAAGUCACGCGAUUGUCACGCUUCAGACAAGAUGUCGAGACUGAACUUGAAGAGCUCACGGCGAAUCUUUUUCAAGAAGCGCAUAAUAUGGUACGAGAAGCAAAUACUCGUCAGGCGACAGCAGAACGACUUUUAGAAGAAAGUCGUAUGAAGAAUGAAGUUCUGGCUGCUGAAGUGUCAGCACUAAAGACUCUGGUAUUGACGUCAACUCCAGCGCAACCAAAUCCUCACUUACAUCCGCAAAUCGACAUUCGCUCUAAAUCAUCUAGUGGCUCAGACGACUCGCAACUGGGAUUAUUUACUAAAAAACAUCGACGGUCACCGUCGCACUUCAAUCUCAAGUAUGGAAGAGAAAACUCUCCGCCCGAGUCGCCUGUUAAGGAACAAAAGACCUCACUGCCAAUUGAAAUCCACUCUUCUGAAAAAGACAUCACCGAUCGCGACCCAAACAAAGAACUGCGUGAGCGAGAUCGGGACCGGGAUCGCGACAAGGACAAGGACAAAGAGACCAGAGAUUUUGGGAUCGAGAUAGAUCCUAUUUUACACUCCGAGUUUCUGAGGUGGAAGGAAAACCCCUGCAUUGAUAAAACUGAUAUGUUUGUCGCGAGAGUCUUCCGCGAAGAUAUUGACCUCUGUCUCAACUUUCCUAAUGAAGAACUUGGUAAUAAAGUAAGACAGGCGGUUCUGGAUGGCAUAAUUUUCAUCGAGGCUAUCAGUGAUAAAACUAAACUUUCCUUUCCGAGGAAAUGCGCACUUUUGGAAGUACCCAGGCAAUGUCUCUACCGGAUGCGAAUCGGUGAUCAAGAAAAUAAUUGGUACUCUAUUUCACAAAUUUGCCGCAAUAGAAUAAUUGCAGUUUGUGAAUUUUUAAAUUAUCUGAGAUACAUUGAACGCGGAUUAGUAAAAAGUGGAGUUCAUGACAUUUUUUGUGAAAUAACGAGAUUAAGAAAAGAAAUGGUAUUAGCACGACUCGGAAUAGCUCUCUCUUCCUAAACUCAAUAAAUUUUUUUUAUUUUAUUAAAUUAAGAAUAUCUAGUCUUCAGAUUCUCUGAGUUGUUAAAACCUAACUCUCUUUUAGAUAUCAUAUAUAUACACAUACAUUUUAUUUUCUUUAUUGUUUUAUACUCGGCGAUUUAUUAUUUUAUUUUAUGUUACUCUCAAGUCUUUGACAAAUAGCGUACGGCUUAUCGUCUUGAUACGGUACUAAAUAAAAUUUUAGUAAAAUAAUAUAUAUAGAUAUAUGUAUAUGUAUACAUUUAUAUGUAUAUAUAGGUAUAUAUUGUUUCAAUAUAAGGCUGUGAAUAAUCUCUAUACAUAAAAGUAUUUACCAUCCAAAAAAAAGUAUGUAAAUAUAAAAAACAAAAUAUGGUCAUGUAUACGUCGAAAUGUUUUUUAAAAAUAUAUAAGCACGAUAUUAAUGGCAUGCGUAAAAUUAUAGCAAUUGUCUAUGCACUGUCAAAAAAUCUCAAAUAAAUUCGGAGUAAAUGCCGGGAAUUUUUUUAAUUUCCUUGGAGUAAAAUUCACUCUGCAGGAAAAAAUACACUCCUGAGUUACUCAGUAACCGGAGUAAUUUUUUGUGAAACUCCGGAACUUUAAGAACGGAGUGAAUUUGAAUUUUAAAAAAUCAUAAUCACUCCGAAUUCACUCUCGAUUUUUUUAUGUUAUACUGAAGCUGUCCAAUAAUUUUUUGAUUUAUUUUUAAUACGAUAAAUUACAAAAAAAAAAUAUUUUUAAAAAUUGCACUUGUAGUUUUUAAAAUUUUCAAGAUCAAUAUUAUUCAAGAUCAUAAUUAUUUUGUAUAUAUAAAAUUAAUUAUAAAAAUCAGAUAUUUGAAUGUUAAAAAAUUAUUUUAAAUUAUGGAUAAGUUUAUAAAAAAUAAUUUUUAAAGUAUUAUUAAUUUAUAUUAAUCAAGGGUUGUCAUUAAAGUCAUUUUUUGGCUUAUUAACUUUUGUAGUGAACUUGGAAAUUAAAACUUUUUUUUAUAUUUAGAAUUUUAGAAUCAGAUUAGGAGUCUAAAAAAUUUCAUACAAUUUUUUUUACAGACAUUGAGACAUCGAAAAUAAAAACAUUUAAUUGUUCACUAAUUAGUAGUAAUUUAGUUGAUAAAAAUAAUGGAAAAUUUUUAUAGAAUCUCACUGCUCUACUUUGUCUUCCACAGCAGCGGACUUUAAAAUAAAAAAAAAUAUUAUAAAAUAGAUAAGCUUUUUGAUUUAUACAAAGAUUAAAACAUAGUUGCCAAAUGAAUUAUAUUGUUUUUAUUAUUAAUUAUUAAUUAUUAUAAAUC